GCCGGAAUUCCAGCGGCCGUCUGGAGUGACCAGAGCGGGCGAGCACGAGGCGGCCUGCUAAUACGGUGGAUAUUUGAAAAUUAAAAGGGUUUUAAGGGGACUCUAAUUUCUUUAAAGUAUGGAAUUUAUCGCCUAUCGAUAGGCAGGUAAAGUUAUCGGAGACCCCCAGGUGACGCUUGUUUAUUGGCGGUGUUUAAAAAAAGAGUUUGAACAGACUUUGCAACUUGAGCCAGCGCGGAUUUAAUAGCGAUGUGGAGCAACUUCGAGGCAUCCUCGGUGGAGGACGAGACCAUCUCCAAUGUGUUUUCGUCGCGCGGCAUCUUCCAGAUAAGCAGCGAGGAGGAAGUUAACAAAUAUCCGGAUGUUCUGGCCUCCGUGCAGUGCGGCAAGAUGGUCAUCGGCAUCGACAAGAGCCUGCUCCUGCUGGAGGACGAGCUGGUGGCCAAGUGCAGCUUCCUGGGAUUCGGGGCGGCCAUAGAGGCCAUCACCAUUUCCACCAGUGGCAACCUGAUUGUCUGCGGCCUCAGCGAUGGCGAGGUCCACGGGGUCUUCAUCAAGGGUCUGCUCCUCUUUAGCGUGGCCGUCAAUCUGGAGGACGUAAGUCUCACGGGCGGCACCUUUCGGAGCAUCCACCAGCUGGAUCAGCGAUACUACUUCACCUGCAAGAACGGCAGUGUCUACAUUUUAAGCGACAUCGACGAGUCCAGUCUGGAGACGCUGAGCAACGUGACCCUGAGUGAAAACGACACCAUUGCCUGCGAGAAGGCCAUACUCGACGAUGUCACCAUUCAACGCCUGUCCAAGGGACGAUCCUCGGGCAACGUGGACUGUGCAGUGCUGCUCAAGCAGCUGGUGGCCGCCAACAUCAGUGCGCAGAACAAUCAGGAGGAUCUGGGCACUCACCCCGGUCUAGUCAUCUCUGGAGAUCAGAGCACGAUGAAUUUUAGGAGUGGCACCGCCAGCGAUGUGACUCGCAUCAAUCUGCCCGCUCACUUCGGCAGUCUCAAGCAGAUCUUCAACUUGGAGCACUACAUAAUCGCUCUCACCAACUCUGGCCAUUUGCUGGACAUUUGUCCGUACACCCGCACAGUUCACAUGUGCCAAACGACCCGAAGGAAGAAUCUGCUCAUCGAAGAUCUGCUGGUCAUGGAGUGCAGUGAAGAGAGCAUCGAGCUCCUAGUGCUGACGAAGCCAAUGGAUGAGGGACGCUUCAUUAAAAUAGUGGAGUAUCCAACUCUUAAUGUAAAAAACGAGGUGGAGGUACCUGAUCACGCUUGGCUUGUACGCCAGCCAAAGUGUGCGGUCAACUUGUAUUAUCUGGCUGCCAAGGAGCUCAACCAAAGCAGCAUUCCCUCGGUGGUGGAGAUGAUGCUCGUUUCCGAGACCGAUCCCAGCGAUCGUUUUAAAAAGCUCAUUGCUAAAGGGCGCCUGGAAGAGGCUGAGGAAUUCGGCAAGCAGUUCGAACUGUGCCUGCAGCCCAUCUACGAAGCCAAGGCGAAACGCAUUCUGGUGGAGCUCUGCAACUCGAGUUCCCAAAAAGAUGCCUCUGUUGUGGAGAAGAAAUUCAAGAACUUGCUGCAGUUGCUGUCGCAGGUGGAAAGUAAAGCCUUUAUCAAAAGUCAUCGCAUGAUCAACUUGAAUUCAAGACACAUCCUUGAGCGCUAUCUGCAUGAAGUCAAAAAGCGAUUGAGUUUUGAGGAUGACGAGGAGGACAUGUUGGAAAUUGACGAGCAACUGCACCGACUUAAAACUCUUGCCAUCAUAGAUCCCUACGAAUGCAACACGGACUGGCAGAAGUUCAUUUACGACAACAACCUGGUCAGGAUGGUCAAGUCGCUCUUUAAUACGGAUAUGCCCACGGCCUGUCUUAUCUGGCGACGCCACUCGAGCAGCAUCCUGCCGUUACUAAACGAGGAUGAGCUGCGAAAGCUUCUAGGAUUCAUCCCGAGCAACACGAAACCCUUUAACGUGGUCCAGUGGCUACGUCAAUUUAUUCCGAUGGUUAGCAACACGCAUCCCAGCAUAAUGCCGUUUAUCACCGACUGGAGCGUUGAGAUGACGCGAAAUCUGCAGUACAGUCCCCACUGGCCGGAUAUCGGCUUGGAGUUUAGCACCAAGAUACUGGAUAUAUUUGAGGAAAUGCAGUUCACUUACUCUGAUGUCCGGCGGCAGCAGGAGCGCAACGUUGGUAAACUGCGAGACCUAGUCAAUGCACUGCAGGAUCUGUCCGUGCUGAAGACCAAUUACAACAUGGGCUUUACACUGGACAACUACAUGCAGGACUCCAUUGACGCCACGGCUUUGAGCAUUCUGCAGCACGUCCAAUUAGAUAAGUUGCAGCGCCUGGUGAAGAAUUUCAUGUACCCGAUCUUCCAAGAGAAGGGCCGUCAGCCGCUGGGCGUGAUCAAGCAGUACAUAUCACAGUUGGUAGCCAGUCGGCAAUCCUCCAGUACCUGGCUAGAGCGGGCGAUGGCUUGCAUUGAGCUGCUGCACAAUGAGGACAGUCGGUUGGAGUGCGCCUUGUCCGUGCUGCAGAAUGCACCUGUUCCCUGGCCGGAUACGCUGGCUCCUCUGAUCAGGCUGCGUUCAUCAACCCAUCCGCUGGCAAUAAAGAUAAACGCCGAGUACGAGAUUCAGGUAAUCAAAAUCAUGAAAGUCAAAUAUGGUUGGCCAGCCGACAGCUCCGACAUCAACCUGGAACUUUUCAUGAUGCGCAUCGUAAAGUUAAACCUUCCGGACAUGCUGGAGGACAUCGGCGCGCUUACCAAGGCAGCGCCGGACAUCUCUGUCAGUGCCAACUUUAACUGCUGCUACCAGAUGGCCCGGCGUGGUCAGAUAGAGCUGGCGUAUGAGUUCUUCAAGACGCUGAUCGGGGAUAAGAACUCGAAGAACGGACAGGAAGUGGUGGAGAUCAUCGCAAACCUCCUAGAAAACAGCUCUUCCGCCUCGUUUGAGGACGAGACUAAGGUUCAAGAACACUUGAACGUCCUGGAGCUCUUUAAGUUGUUCUUGCCGUAUGUUGAUUCCGUUUACGAGCGACGCUAUUUGGUAAUAAAGCAUCGCUUACGUCUUCGGAAAUUCGGAAUCCAGGUGGGCUGCAGCAGCGAACUUAUACCGCUGCAAAGGCGUCAUUGCCUCCUGGACGAGGCAAUUGAGAGGAUCAUGGAGCGCGCUCAGGCCACGUUAAAUGUGUCCGCUUUUAUAGCCAGCGAAAUGGGCGAACUCUGCACCGCUCUCAGUCUGUCCAAGGUGUUUGGCCUGACCCGCAUUUGCCAACGGAUCGGGUGUCUGCCCCUCAGCUGUGCCCUGGCAUUCCAUGUGAUGAGCUUCGUCGACUGUGUGCCCGCCAAUGCAGACGAGUUUAUCAACCUAGCACUUGAGCUGCUGGUCCAGCAAAUCGAAAACGCCAAGGGACAGAACCAGGAAUCGGCAUCUUCGCUGCAGUUAAUGAAUGAGACCGAUCCCCUUAGCUUUUUCUUGGCCUACGAGUUACUUACAUCCGCCUUGCUUCAUGAGGACAGUCGUCGUCGGGACCUUGUGGAACUGAUCAAAUGCAUACGCGUGGCUGUGAUCCACUAUCCACUGGAUGCCAUUAAGACUCACUACGACGGCAAGGAGCAGGCCGUCAACGAGCACAUUUGCCGGGCCCUCGAUGGCAUUACGGUGGCCGUAGGCGAGACUACACUGAAUUUCACCAUUCCCCUUAACGGAUCCUUUGACGUGAAAACCCUGCAGGUGCCGACAAUGAAGAAGCGACAUUCGGUGUCAAUGUUUGAGGAGGUAGAAGUGCAGCCUGUACAGCAGCCGCAGCAAAACAAGAGCAUCGGCGGCCACAUGGCUAUAGUGAAGUUCCUGGCACGCACCCUGUUGCUCAUGGUAAUCGAAUCGGAGCCGAGCAACUCAUUGUUGAUGAAGGUGCGCAAUGGACUGGCGGAGAACACUAAGGCGGAUCUCGACAGCGCUCGUGCGGACUUCUUUCUGUCGUUGGAACACCUGACGAAGGCCAAGGAACACGACGUUUGGUACGUGAUGUCGCAAUACCUGCUAGACUACCAGAAGCAAAACUGCCGGAAGAAGCGAAUCAUCAACGAGGGCUUCAUUACGCUGCAGCUGCGCCGCAUAUUCCGCAACGCAAUGGGAACCAAGGAGGCCAACUUUAUAGAACUUUUUACCAUGCUGGUGGUGGACAGCGAGGCACUGGCUCUCCUGGAAAAGCUCUCCACGGAGGUGAAGACAGAUCUGCAAAAGAUCAACUUCCUUACGUUAUCCGCCAUGUACCACGACCACAUCGAAGAUUUGGAUAAUGUGCAAUUGAUACGCGCCAAGCGCUUGAAACUUUUCUAUUAUCUGGAGUUCUGUCAGCAGGAUCCCAGGAUCAAGGGCAAGUUCAACGCGGACAUGGACAACGUGGAGGACCUGCUCAAGGAGUUCCACAAUAAGCAGCUCGACGUGCAGCUGUUGGAACGCAUGAGCAAGGACUUUGGCUUUGACUACCAGAAGAUUCUCAUAACCCAGAUACUGAGCAUUCUGAGUGCCCAGGAGCUUCGCUUCGAGGUCAAGAGAGACACCUUCGGCGACGAGGAACUGGUAAUGCUGAGCAGCGCCCAAGAAAUGCGAGAUAUGUGUCAGCCGUACAUAAAUGAACUCAAAAACGUAGAGCUAUUUGUCUCCAAAUUGAAACACUUCAUCGAAGAAAUCAACAUUUAUUUCUACGAGUUGUACAUGUGUGUGAUUAACAUCCUAAUGUACUUCGAUGCGGCGCCCAAGGAGAUGGAGAUCUGGACGAACAUUUUGCACUUCCUGCGGCAUAAGAUGAUAACUCGGAGGCGCAAUCGGCCGGGCCAGGUGGAGACUGACAUGUGGCUCAAAUCGCAGAGGGAAAACGGCGUCAUGCCAAAGAUAUCUCGUUACCGUCUGCCUUUUAAGCCUAUCGUAGAGCAACCCCUCAAGGAUAUUCUCGACAGCGAACUGAGCGUGGAUAACUGCCGCUGGUUCCCACUGAUUCAGAUGUACACUGCCUUGAAGGGAGCCAAGGAUAGUUCCCAGAACUGCGACUAUUUCUGCAUGUCGGCAGUGAAGAAUUCGAUAUCGGAGUACAAAUCGAAAAAUGAAUCGGAGUCGUGGAGUCUUCUUCCUACGAAUAAUGCGUUUCUUCAGUCGAUUCUUCGGUUGGUCGAGAAAGUGAACAACCCCAACAAGGCAUUCCUGAUACUGUACUUUGUAUCCAACUAUGCUCGGGACGGAGCAGACCAGGUGGAGGCCUCCUACGAGUGCUGGAAGUUCGUGAAGGAGAGGUGCCAUCUGCUUACCGAUCCGAAGACUCGAGAUCAUAUUUCUAAGGUCAAGCGGCGGUAUCCCAUUCAGAAGACCCAGCACCUGCUAUACGUCUACGGCAUGACCGACGAAAAGCUACUGCGACAGGUUGAGAAUCCCACCGAGCUCAUUCACGCCCUGUACCACCACGAGCUGAUUCUGAAGUCCAGCAAAGUAGACAUCAACGCCCUCGUCGCGGAGAUCGUCAAGUUGCAUGACCUCUGCUUGGCCACCAUUCAGUACCGUCUGCUGCAGAAGUGGCUUUCACUGACCAUGGAGCCGACGGCUGACGGUACUAUUCUGGAGGACACUUUUAUGGAGGAGCAGAACUGGCCGGAGCAGGCAAAUGGCGCGGACGGAACAAGCAGCCAGGAUGCCAGCGAAAAUGUGAACAGAGCCUUCUACAUACUCUCCAGUUGGCCAAAGGCGGAGGCGGUCAAGUUCCUUGUGGGUCUGAUCUUCAAGGGAGGCUCGGUAAACACCUCCACACAGCUGCAAAUGUACGAGUGCUACUCCAAGCUGAACGAUGGCAGCAACUCUUUCACCAACACUAUCAACCAACGCCAAUUCAUCAGCAUCAAGUGUGUGCACGAGCUGAAGGCUCUGGGCUACAAGUCGAACUUGGAGAAGUUCUCCGACGACCAUUGCAACAAGAUUGACAUUCUGAAGAUGAUCUGGCAGCGCAAUGCCCAGAAUCCUUUGUCGCUGGAGGUAAUGGCCAACAUCUGCCUGGGCUUCGAUAUACACCUGCCGCAAAUCUGGAACGGCAUCCUUAAGCGAAUGGUCAUGUUCCACAUGGUGCGGGAGCUCAACGCUUUGUUGGAUGUGCUCAGCUGCCGGCCCCAUCUGCUGCACCUGGACGGACUGGCCAAGGCCUGGGACUAUGUGCUCUGCAAUCCCCUGAAGAACGCCGUAGAGACGCGCUCCUUCGCGCAGGAGGAGGUGCUGCACAAGACGCUGCUACGCUUGCAGGGGUGUCCGGUGGUACAUGCCCUCAAUCUGCUGCAGUUCGCCGAGCACUGCGUCGUUGUCCAUCGACCCCACAUGGCCGCCGCACUGCUCAGUUUUUGCCAGAACUCCGAGCAGCGGCAAAAGAUCAAAAAGAUGAUACAUUCCCAUCCGGUGGAUAACCUCCGGCAGCAGAUCCUGGAUCUGGAAGAUGCCGGUAUGUUACCGGUGGUACUGAACUUUGCGCUCAAGGAAUUAAAUCUCUAAGCAAAGGGUUUUGUUGUACUGAAUUCCACUUAAUUUAUUCAAAUAAAGGAGCUACAUUAAUGGUAACUCUGCGGUAGUUACUUUUCGAUUGAA